UGGCGCACUAUUGUGAAUCGCCCGUAUUGCAGAAGAAACCAACAAUUGUCAUUUUGAAUGUUGUGGAGACAGCUUAAGUUUUACACCGAAAAUGCCAGUAGCACCUUCAGGCCACAGAUUCUCUCCUUCCAAUAUGUUCACACACGGUCACGGAUGGAUAAACAAUCAUUCUUUCUGGACAUUGAGACAAAUAGGGCUGGGGAUCAAGUUGCAGUUGGACAUGCCAGCACGCAUGGAAAUCCUAUUGAGUUAUCCCUCCCUCCUGUUUGUAAUGAACAGACCAGAUGUGUUAUUAAUGAUGUGCAAUAGUGACAUGGUGGCGACCUAUGUGAUGUAUUUGUACUGCCAUCUCCCUUGAACACCUCGUGUCUGAAUAAAUUCAGGGUCGAGAGCCAUUUUACUGGAUUCUGGCUUCAAUAAUAUUCAGUACGUGAAGGGUUCAAUCAUAUGUACUUUCUUGGAAUACUGUAAUGCACUUCAUAUUUAAUCUUUAAAUUUUGGGUACAAGCGAACUUAGUCAUCACCGAUUCUCUCUUCUCUGUAGUCAACCGAACAAUCUUGGACAGUGACUUUAUGAGCAAACUACGUAGGCCAACUACACAUGCUUUUUGUAUAGUCCUACAACCUAUACAAAAUAAAUAAUUGUGACCAUCAAGAGAUAUAAUAAUUUAUCUGACUGCAUUAUGAACCGAACAAGAAAAGUGUUGUAUACAUGUAUAUACCUGCGACACGGGGGCAGGGAAUUGGGACAUACGUGUAUUUCACUUGGUCACACAACCCAGGCUCAAAUAAGCAUACAUAUAUAUAUACAUAGAUCUGAAGGAUGCUUGCAACCUCUUUUGGGAACGGAAUCAGUGGAGGGGGCACUCCAGCCCAAGCUCUCCAAAAAGGGGGGUGGCAAAAUGCUUGUCUUUAAUUAUAAGUAUAAAGGAUGUAAAUGUAUUUCUCUGGGUGAUCCAGUUUUGCGUCACAAACUGUGUAAUUUUCAAAUGAAUCUUGCGGGACAAAAGCAACCAUCUCAGAUGGAGGUUGAAGUACCCGCCCAUCAGAACCGCAUAAUACGUGAUUGCACUUCUGUGAAUCCUUCACGUGUGAAGACUUUGGCACAAGUAUUCAUGUUAUUGUAUCUAACUAUUAUGACUCUGAACAAUGUAAUCACCUGUUGAAAGUAACGAAAGGAAUAAUUUUUUUCAUGAACAUUAAUACUGUAGAAAUGAAGUUUUUCUCUUUCUGCUACUAACCAUUUCAUAACUGGACUCUGACUUGGCUUGGACUUGACAAUUCGGACUCAUCUGGACUUGGACAAAAUAGGACUCAGACAUGGCUCGGACCUUCAUAAACUCGGCUCCAAUGAACUACAUCACUGAGUUUAUUGGGAACUUCAGAUGGCAGAGGCCAAAUUUUCGUUGGCAGCAGCGUCUAGGUUCACAAAAGAUCCCAGAGCAAUGAGAAACAAAUGUACUUGUUGCAUCUGCUUGAUGAGGAGGCGACUAAAAUAAUUGAACCAUCAUCUGCCAGAUAGUGGAAGGUAUUCAAUUUGGACUACCUCGUCGACCAUUAUGAAACCAGACAACCGGGGCGGAGGGUUUUAUAUUGUUAAAAUAUCUUUCAAGCAGGUCCUCCAAAUGGAAGAGGGGUUCCGCCUCAUCGCCCCCACCCCCCAAAAAAGAGCACAACAAUUUUUUUCAAUUAUGAAAAGAUGUAAUCUGGCAGUUGACAGGCAUCCGUUUUCAACUUUUGCCUGAAGUGUAAAUAAAUGCUUAAUCCGUCGCAUGUAUAAUUAUUUGCUUUACUUAUACAGACGUGUUCAGCUGGUUAACACCUAAUACUGACGUCUUCUACCAUUCAUGAAACAGUCGUCGGUAUGCGAGUACUUCGUUUGAUUGGUUCCCGAUCCCUACAUAGUCCCCAGACGUCAGUGAUGUUUGGGGCCGGUCGAGUCAAUGAGCGCCGCGCGUACUUACACGUACGAAGCAUAGGACAACGCUAAUGCAAGCUGCUGCUCGACACUGUAGCUUUUCACCAGGGUCGGGUCGUUUCCCCACUUCAAGGAGAAAUUUCAGUUUUCUGUCUAAACGUGCAUGUUUUGGUUGCAAAACAAGUCCAAGCCCCCUCCUCUUUGCUGUAUCUGCAAACGAAAUUCCUAGGUGAACAACAAAUGGCUCCCCUCCACUGUUCCUGGUUCUUUCUUCAGAGACUUGUGAGUGUACAUUUGCUAGAAGCCCCUUGCAAGAGGUCCUUUUCAGCAACAGUUCGGCAUGUCACUGACAGCUCCAACUAUUAACAAGAAACACUACACCCGUAAAGCGUUUAUGAUUUGUGGCAGAGGCUUUUUAACGGAAUGGAACUGUGGAACAGCAAGAGAGGCCAUGACAGGGAAGCCGUUCAUUUGUGACUUUUGUGCACAACGUUUCUCAUGGAAGGCUCUCUGAAGAAGACAACGAAGGACCACACCAGAGAGAAGCUGUUUACUUGUGACGUAUUGCAAAGAUUUCUCAGAAUAGUGUUAUUUACAGACACACACGAAAAUGCACACUGGAGAGACACCCUUUACUUGUGACAUUUGUGGCAGUAGCUUUUCACGGAGAUCUACGUUACAAACACACAUGAGGAUACACACUGGAGAGAAACGCUUUACUUGCGACAUUUGUGGCAAUGGCUUCUCACGGAAAUCUACAUUACAAAUACACAUGAGGAUACACACUGGAGAGAAACCCUUUUCUUGUGACGUUUGUGGCACUGGUUUCUCACACAAAUCUACGUUACAAACACACAUGAGGAUACAUACUGGAGAGAAACCCUUUACUUGUGACAUUUGUGGCCGUGGCUUCUCACAGAAAUCUACGUUAGAAUCACACAUGAGGAUCCACACUGGAGAGAAACCCUUUACCUGUGACAUUUGUGGCAGUGGUUUCUCUCAGAAAUCUACAUUAGAAAUACACAUGAGGAUACACACUGGAGAGAAACCCUUUUCUUGUGACGUUUGUGGCACUGGUUUCUCACACAAAUCUGCGUUACAAGCACACAGGAGGAUACACACUGGAGAGAAACCCUUUACUUGUGACAUUUGUGGCAGUAGCUUUUCACGGAAAUCUACGUUACAAACACACAGGAGGAAACACACUGGAGAGAAACCCUUUACUUGUGACAUUUGUGGCAGUGACUUCUCACAAAUAUGUACAUUACGGAGACACAUGAGGAUACACACUGGAGAGACACCCUUUAUUUGUGACGUUUGUGGCAGUAGCUUUUCACAUAAAUCUACGUUACAAAAACACAUGAGGAUCCACACUGGAGAGAAACCCUUUACUUGUGACAUUUGUGGCCAUGGCUUCUCACAGAAAUCUACGUUAGAAUCACACAUGAGGAUACACACUGGAGAGAAACCCUUUACCUGUGACAUUUGUGGCAGUAGCUUCUCGCAGAAAUCUACAUUAGAAAUACACAUGAGGAUACACACUGGAGAGAAACCCUUUUCUUGUGACGUUUGUGGCACUGGUUUCUCACACAAAUCUGCGUUACAAGCACACAGGAGGAUACACACUGGAGAGAAACCCUUUUCUUGUGACGUUUGUGGCAGUAGCUUUUCACGGAAAUCUACGUUACAAACACACACGAGGAAACACACUGGAGAGAAACCCUUUACUUGUGACAUUUGUGGCAGUCACUUCUCACAGAAAUGUACUCUACGGAGACACAUGAGGAUACACUGUGGAGAGAAACCCUUUAUUUGUGACGUUUGUGGCAGUGACUUUUCACAUAAAUCUACGUUUCAAACACACAUGAGGGUCCACACUAGAGAGAAACCCUUGUGACAUUUGUGGCAGUAGAUUUUCACGGAAAUUUACGUUAGAAGCACACAUGAGGAUACACACUGGAGAGAACUAUUCGUUUGUGACAUUUGUGGCAGUGGCUUCCA